AUGAGCAGCGACGCUGAAAUGGUGUCUGACGGCGAGGGCCCGACUCUCCGGUUCUCUGCCGCCGCGAAAGGAAAGGGUGUCGAGCGCGACCACGCACUCGAGCGAGAGCACGACGCGUCGCUGCCCUGGGUCGAGAAAUACCGGCCCGUCUCCCUCGACGAUGUCGUCUCUCACAAAGACAUAACCACGACAAUCGAAUCCUUCAUCGCCAAAAACCGCCUCCCACACCUCCUCUUCUACGGCCCCCCAGGCACCGGCAAAACAUCCACAAUCCUCGCCGUCGCCCGGCGCAUCUACGGCCCUCAAUUCCGCAAACAAAUCCUCGAGCUGAACGCCUCGGACGAGCGCGGCAUCGACGUCGUGCGCGCCCAGAUAAAGCAGUUCGCCGAGACGCGCACUUUGUUCGCGUCCGGAUUCAAGCUGGUGAUACUGGAUGAGGCGGACGCGAUGACGACUGCUGCGCAGGCGGCGCUGAGGAGGGUCAUCGAGCAGUAUACGCGGAACGUCAGGUUUUGUAUUGUUUGUAAUUAUGUGAAUAAGAUCGUGCCGGCUAUUCAGAGUCGGUGUACGAGGUUUCGGUUUCAGCCGCUGCCGAUUCCGGAGGUUGAGAAGAGGGUUAUGCAUGUGAUUGAGGCAGAGAAGGUGAAGGUUACGCCCGAGGGACGCGCUGCGUUGCUGCGGUUGAGCAAGGGCGACAUGCGUCGCGCGCUUAACGUACUGCAGGCAUGUCACGCAGCCUACGAAACCGUCGGCGAAGAAGAGGUUUACCUGUGUACUGGCAGUCCUCUCCCUGCCGACAUCGAGACAGUCGUGAACGCCAUGCUAGCAGACGAGUUCCUGACCGCCUACUCCAUGAUCAACGCACUCAAAGCCGAACGCGGUCUCGCGCUGCAAGACCUGCUCAUCGGCGCAGCGGAGUACGUCGAGACGAUUGAGUUCCCCGCUGUAGCGAGGGUGUACCUGCUUGAUGCUAUGGCUACGACCGAACAUCGGUUGGCGAGUGGCGCGAGCGAGAAGCUGCAGCUUACGGCGUUGUUGGGCGUGUUCAAGAACGCUGUCGAGCUGACUGAACGGGCCAAAGCUACCGCGACUACAUAG